AGUCUCCUGUCAAUUCGUGCAUUUCUGGCGUGCACGGUUUCUAAAGUGCAUGUGGAAAAAUCUGAGGUUGUUUACUUCGCAAAUUCGAGGUUCAAUAUUGAAGUCACUUUUCCGUAUUCCCUGCGGCCCAUUGACAGUUCUCAUUGCACCUCACUUUGUCUGCAACAACAACGAGCAACCAUUUGCCAUUGAUUCAGAUAACCUCCUGUUGAUUUAAAAGAAAAAAAAUAUCGAUUGAGGAGAGAUGUGGACAUUUUUGAGGAAGUGAACGAGAGUUGGGACUGAAGUGAAGUAAAAACGGUGCAUCCUACUACAGCAGAUCCUACGGAAGCUUAAUUGUGAUCAUCAGCUCCAACAAACCUUGGUUCUUCCAUUUCAAACUGAUUAAAUGAUCAAAGUUAAAAAAUUGCGGAUCAUUAUUUUCCUGAGGUGGUGCUUUCUGACCUCCUCGAAACUGAUCUCAAUGAUGAAGCCAGGACUGUUAAGAAAUCAAUUGAUUUGAUUGAUGUAUUGAUUAGUUUAUGAGAUUUCAUCGGUAAUAUUCUCAACCCACAACCGUCUCCCCUGAUAACCAACAGCAUGUGGAAUGGCUAGACAGCGGAGUACCGGGCUCCCCACCCAGGGGAUUCCAAGCAUCUGCCUUAACGACGGCGAUGACAAAGAGCCGCAAGAGUACCCCCUCUUUGAGUUGGCUGUUCUGAAGAGUCUGAGAACUCCCGUCAAUAAGGUCGGAUUGCAUGGGCGGAGCUAUGUUAGUCACAGUAGGGUGUAUAUUCGACUGUGCGCUCAGAGGCAGCGAGGGAGUACGAGCGUGACUAUCAUGGUCUGCAGUAAUGGCUACCUUCUGGUGAGGAGUGACGACCCUGGCAAGGCGUCUCAGAUGAAACAAAUUCCUUGGUUCCAGAACCCAAAGAAAGAGAUUCUUGCGAUUGCUUUGGAUCCAUCGGGUCGGCAGGCGGUGUGCGCAUGCAGAGAUGGUUCCCUGUAUGUUAUCCCUGUUUAUACUGUACUCAAUCAGAGCACCGCUGUUAAACACAGCUGGAAGUCAAAUGACCUGACGGAAAUCAGCUCUUCUAGUCACCGAGGAACUCCGACAAAGAUAGCUUGGUGGACUUCAUCGGACGGUCGCAACGUUGGGAUUGUCGGCAAUGGGAAUGGAGAGAUAGUUCUGAUUGAUCUCGGCCAGCGUAAAGAAGUGAAGAGUCUCUGGCUGAAGGAAGAGAUCUUAUCGCUGGAGAUUGUUCAUCAUCCUGGGCUUAGCUACCUCAUUAUUCAGAGUGACAUGGGUACUCAGUGGGGCUUGAUACUGGAGAAGACCCGCAGGAAACUCAACCCAGUCGAGAGGGCUAACAUGGAUAUCACAGUUGCUGGAUUUGAAGUCAUCCAUCCACAAAACACACUCAACAUUCUUUAUACACAGGAAGGUCACAGCACGUUUCAGCCGUACUGUUUUCAUAACUUCAUGAAUGUAGUGACUCUUUCUACUCAGUCAGCGAUGGAUCACAGCUUCGUUGCAGCACACGACUACUCCUCCAACAUCCUCAAGAUCUUCGAUAGCAGCAUUGAUAACUGGUUACCGCUGCACGUCUACCGGUUACCCCCGCAAUGCUCAGACAUCCUUCUCACAGAUAGACUGAUCUUUGCCCUUUACAACCAUUAUGGUGUGACAGUUCUAGGCAUCUUUUCAAGCCACAUGUCGGAGAUAAGUGAUCACAACCAUCCAGUCAAUGAGGACGCCCUCAUGCAGAAGUUCCUUCUUCCGUCCGGCCAAACACCCCUUGGUAUCUUCAAAUGCUCCUUCCCGGUGGACUACUUAGAUGGCAAAACGGCUCCUAGUGAUGCAGAGCCAUCCACAAGCAGUCAGCCGUUUACCGAGACCCCAACCGAGCAGCCGGGCGGCAAAACAUCACAAAUGCUUCUAUCCAAUGUAGAGAGGCAUACAAUCUUGGAGGGGUGUGUACUGGUAACCGAUAAGGCAGUGUACCAGUGCAGACCGAGAAUUUCACCGGAGGGGUUGUUCUUAGACUUAGCCAUGGAGGGGGGUGAAACAUCCCUGCCGGAUAAUCUUGGGAUCUCCCUUGGCCUGGAUAUGAAUGGGCUGUAUGAGCUGGCAGCCAAUCAGAGACUAGCUGAGGGACAGACCAUUCUUGCCAUGAGACUCUACCAUCGCUCGGAGUGUUCCCAGGUGAAGCAAGUGGCUAACUUUGUUAAACAAGGCUACAUGGAGGAAGCCAUAAGUCUAAUCCGCUCUGCCAUCGGAAGCUCUAAUCUGGCUACGGCUGAUAAGAGGCUCUUGGCUGAUGCAGCCAUUAAGUGUUACCUCCACCAGAUACUGGAAGGACGAAGCGACGAGGCCCUCAUGGUCAAGUUCAGGCAGUAUCUGAUGGACAACUUUGACUACAGUGAGAUGGCUGCCAUGCAGAUAUUUGCCGAACACGGAAUGCAGGACUUGGUCUUUGAAGUGGCAAGGGCCAGAGGUCUUGUUGGCCAGGCUCUGGAAGCUCUCCUCUCCACAGGGUCUCCUGAGCUAGACUGUGAGCAGCAGUGCCUUCUGAUCAACCAAGGCUUCAUCUCUACCAUGUCCAACGCUGGCGACAAUGCCUUCUUGCUCUGUAUGACCACCCAGGAGGCUGUCAACAGGCUUGUUGAAAAGCCGGAGCUGAUGUACCGCUACAUGGAGCUCUUCAGUUCCUUCUUGGAUGAUUUGAAGUUGUCUCUCUUGAUAAAACUGGCCUGGUUGUUUGAUCCUUCUAAGACGACAAUCAAGCCACUUCUCUCAAGAGCUGUAAAUACAACCAAUACAAGAGCCGACAUGUUUUCCUCGUCCAUUGACACCAUGACUAGUGAUGAAUCCAUCGACUCCCCACUGGAUACCAGCCAGUCUUUCCCUAGACCGUCUGCCCUCGUUGAGUUCUACCUCAAGGUGCUCAUCAUUCUCAACCAUAGGAUGACAAUAAAAGGUGACUCUACUAGCUUGGUGAACUUUGACCCUAGUUGCGAUUCGACCAAUGAACAGACCCGGCAGGAGAAUGUGGUCAGCUUACCCCAGCAGAGGAACGCGCUAUCCUGCGGUCAGUACCACGUUGCCAUGGUGUCAGAAGAUGAUGUCUAUACAUGGGGGACAGCUCAUGGCGGCAGGCUAGGUCAUGGUGACAUCAUCCCGGCUGACGGAAGGUCAGCCCCGUUCCGUGUGGAGACACUUCACAUGCAUCGUAUUCGGGUCAUCUCGGUAGCAUGCGGGAAGGAACACACUAUGGCGUUAGGGGAGCAGGGCAGGUUGUACUCCUGGGGGACGUCAAAGUGGGGUCAGCUGGGGUUAGGUGACCGGACGACUCAUACCAGACCGAUGUUAGUACAAGCGCUGACCGGUACCUGCUGUGUAGCCAUAGCAUGUGGGCAGUACCACUCAAUGGCGCUGACACAAAACCAGAAAGUCUUCAGCUGGGGUUGGGGUGUACACGGUCAACUCGGACAUGGCAUGGUCGAGGACCAACUUCAGCCCUGCCACAUCACCUCUCUGGACUCGGUCAAGGUCACUCAGAUGUCGGCUGGCUACUGCCACAGCCUGGUCAUCUCAGCCACCGGUCAGGUGUAUGUGUUUGGGGCGGGGACGUUCGGUCAGUUGGGUCUGGGCAAGCAGGUGAUCAAGAGGAACUUGCCGACUCUGUUAGAUGGAUUUGAAGGGGAUGAGGUUACCAUGGUGGCUUGUGGAUUAUUCCAUAAUAUUGCAGUGACCAGCAACCCGCAGAAGGUCUACAUGUGGGGGAAGAGCCCUCUAGAAUUGCGCCAGUCCCUCCAGGCUUCCAGAAAGCGUAGAACAGCGCGAGACAGCGGAGACUCAGUCAUUGUGGGUCGACGACGGUCAGUGACUGUCAUGGAGACACGACCCGAUGCGUAUGAUGAGAAUCAGUACUUAAGGCCCUACGCCUUUGACUUUGGGCAGAUUCAAGCACCGAUCAAACAGCUGGCUUGCUCCUUGAAUCACAACCUGAUCCUAACAUCAGGAGGACAGCUCUACAGCUUUGGGAAGAACGAUAGCGGACAACUUGGGCUUGGCCAUCGUGCUGAGCAGAGAGUUCCUGUGCUGGUGCGGUUAUCAGAAUCCCAGAGUAUUGCCGCAGUCGGUGCGGGGGUGGAGUUUUCAGUUGCUAUCACCACACAAGGUCAGGUGUACUCCUGGGGGUCACCAGAAAAUGGGCAGCUUGGCAUCGACACAAGUUGCCGAUCGCAUCUCCAGAUCCAGCCGAGCUUCCACGUCAAUAUGAGAGUAGCCAAGAGUACAUCAGUCACCCGGAUUGUGUUGAACCCUAUGCUGGUACCCGGCAUUCCCCUGGUAACCAUGGCGUCCGGACUCGGUAUGAACGAUGGCGGUGAAGAGAGCGAUGAGGAUGAUAUGGGGAGCUCUGACGAAGAGGAAGGGAUCCUGGACUGGGACCUUCCCAAUCUGAGCACCACCUCAGACCCUUCUGAGUGCCCCUACGGACCAGAGAGUCUAGCCCUGUCCCUUCAAGCCCUGGACUCCCACUACAACCACCAGGUGGUGCUGCGACUGUGCCAAGACUGGCAGGUGUGGCCGGCCGCAGCUCAGAUCUGUGAAUUGGACAAGAACUAUCCGCUUGCUUUACUGUACAGACUGAAGGAUAGACAGUGCAAGGGGACUGUGAUUAUUGGGACUGGCGAGGAGGGAGUGCUCCAGGAGAUAACAGCUCUUGUGGAUAAGUUCAUCAGAUUGACUUGUGAGAAGCCGUCCAGUGAAGAUGCAAAGGAACCUGCAGCCAAUGAAUCUUGUAAACAUCUUCUAGUUCAGAUUCUUCGGUUCUGGGCGGAGCAAGAUCUACCACAGGAGGUACUGGAGGGCGUAUUGAGAGACCAUUUGGACAAAGUCGCCUAUCCACUCAGCGUGCUACUGCUGUGUGACAGCAGUGACUCGUCCGCAGCCCCAGAUGUCAGCAGUACGAGGCUAGUCUCCCAGGACCUGAUUAAACGAUUCACCAGUAAGUUCACUCUAGAGCUAACGUCUACCGUCAUCCAGGGAAUCCAUCAAGGGGAGUCCCAUGAUGAGUAUCGCUUACCGAGCACGAUCGAUCAGGAAACACCCUCUGAGAACAAUGUCGUUGAUUCGAUGAAACCGUUGCUGACCCGCAGCGACGCUUACAACCAGAAGAGCGACCGAGCAACAGCCGAGAGACUCUGGCAGGAGAUACUCUUCAACCUCGGUAAGGACAUCAAAGCGAGGGCGCACGUCGGCAUCAGCAAGAGCGAGAUCGCCGGAUUGGUGGAUUCGAAUCCCGCCGAGGAGAAUGCGUACGAGAAUAAUGCGGACUGUCUGGUCUUCACUUGCGGUCAUCACUACCGCAAACGGAACCUGCAGGAGAACAUUAUGCCAUUGUGGAACAGCAAGAUGGCCGAUUUGCCUGUGCCGUUGCCUAGCAACGCACAGUCUCUUAGCAACCAGUAUAUGGCGGGGGAGGGGUUCAUACCCAUCGCGUGUCCAAACUGCGUUCAUAGUUCCUUGCAGCUGGAGCAACUCAAACAAUUGGAUAAAGUUGUAUGAGUUGUCGUCAAAAUCGUAUAAAAAAAUAAUAAAAAAAACGGGCUCGAUUUCACAAAAAGUUCAGAUUGAUCUUAAGAACAAAUUAUUCUUAAUUGCUUAGCAAAGUGUGAUGUCCAUUUAAAUCACUACGGUAGUACUGACAACUCAUCUUAAGAUGAAUCUUAGUGCUUUGUGAAAUCGACCCCAGCUAUUGUACCAAAGUCAAACUUUAAGAUCUUAUCAACUUAAUUUUUUGGGGUGAAAACUAAAGAAAAUGUGAAACGUUAAAUGAUUUGACCAAACAACUUGUCCUAUUAAUGUGGAAGUAUGUGCUGUUUUGUUGAUUCUUGCCAGUCCUUAAAUCUGAGCUCUGCGUGAAGAAAGGCGCAGGACUCGCGCAGGAUUUGUUUUAUUAUUAGGCAUACAAUUUUUUUUUAUGUUGGCGUAACCAGACCUACCCUAAACAUACGGCCUACCCUAGGUGUUUUUAUUUUUUUCAAGGGAAGAAAUUUAAUGAUAAUAAUCUAUAAAGACAUAAAAAAAAAAAAAUGUCAUCAAGAGUUUAAAAAUAUGCUAUUUGUUGUGUGUAGCCCUUGUUUUCUUGUUGUUGUCGUGUAUACUACCGGCUUAAACAUAGAGCAAACAUGUCAUUUUCCUUGCUGGGAGUGAAAUUUUUUGUUUUUAAAAUCCCUACCUACAUGUACCUACCCUAUUUUUGGGGGCCUGUUUCGCCAACAUAACUUUUUUUUUUAAUGCCUUAAACCGAAAUGAUUCAACUCUAUAUAAUGAAUUGGCAAGUCGGUCUUCACACUAAAAUUAAUAUAUACACUGAAAUAAUAUACAGAAGUUAAGAGGUCAAAAAUAUGAAAUACGAAUGUAAUGUUGUAAAUGACUUAGUUACUAUACUAUGCCUGAUAUUUGACAUCUAGGGAGUUCCCCCCCCCUCUUUCUCUCAAAAUUUGUGUCCUUUAAUGUAACACACUCUUAACAUCUUGUACAGAAAUACUCCCCCCCCCCCCCCACCCAGAAUGCUCUCUAAAGAAUUCUUGAAAUUCCCAGAAAACAACAAAGACACAUUUGCCAUGUUCGGACAGCAUACUAAAGUUAGACCCAAACCGUUUUACCUUAACGAGCAGCGGAGUGUAGUUGAACAAGAUAUAACUGGCUUGCAUUCAGUCAGCUCAAAGUUAAACGCAAUAGGUUUAUCUUUGUGUAGAGAUCACACAGCAAUAUGUCCCAACGCAACAACAACUGCUACAAGCGUGUACAAAGGAUGCUCACUUUCACAAUUGAUGGCAUGUUGCACAACAUGUUCUGGUUCUUAAUUUUUUGUUUUGUUUACCCAUACACUAAUGUGUGUUAGAACUGUAUACUCGGUACUUUCCCGAGUCCUGUGAAAAAAAUAUCACAGGAUAAUAUCUGGGUCACCAACUUGAAACCAGAUGUGGUUGAUUUGAUUCUGUCCACACAUGAUGCUGAAAGAUAAAACUGAAGUGGUUGAGUGUUAAACAACCCUCGCCGACCGAUUUAACUAACGCGGUUUUAACUUGGUAUGUUAAAGUUUUAAGAGCGUUCAGACACACAAAGUUUAAACCAAAUGAGUUAAACCAAAACUGUAUUUGGGAAGGUUUGUGGUAACACCAUGUAAUGAUUAUCUCUAGAUGAGUUUUGCUUAAAACCGAUUAAAGUACUGUUCCUGAGCGACCGCGAUGGGAGGAUGGUGGGGGGGGGGAAUAAUUCAUUUGUCACAUAUUGUACAACAAAUGGGAAAUAGAACAUUAAGAAGGGGCUAUUUUGCUUUUCUGUGGUGCUCUGUUGUUUCUUUCCGCCCUGAUCAUGAUGAUGUUUUGAUUUUGGGUCACAAUUUUUGGCAAUUUAAAAUUAAGAAGAUGGGAAUUUGUUAUAAUUAUUUUGUUUGUUAAAAUCUGUCUUCUAUUCUCUUUGAGCAUUUAGCUCGUGGAUUGCAAGGUGUAAAUGAGGUUCUAUUAGGGUUUGAUGUCUACAGAUUUACAUUAAACUCACAGUUUGAAGAUAAUGAUAGUAGAAAGCUUCCUAUAAAAUAUUAUGA